AUGGCUAAGCAGCAGAAUGGAGUAUCUGAACCACAACCAGAGGCUUCCAGCAUCGCUCCUGCAAUGUCAAUCCGAGCAAUCAGACUGGCCCAGAGAAUGCAGGACUACAAGGAUGCCACAGGCGGCCAAGUAAGCCUGAGGGAGCUGCUAGCAAUUGCAGCAGAGGACCUAGCCCGCGAGGAUCAUGAUCACCAGGUGAAUGUGACCGCAGCCAUGGUUUCCCCGUCUAGCCAGACAGAGGGUCCCCAUCUCAAAGUAUCAGUACAAAGCUUUUCUAUGUUUGAUGAUAAAAAAGAUGAUAUAGAUAGGUUCCUGCAGGACUUUGAGCAGCAAUGUGAGCUCAAUCACUUGCCUCCAGAUGACUGGGUGCGGUACUGGAUGGGAGACUGA